CUUUCGCUCGAUUGUCGAAGUCAAUAUAUCACAAGCUCUCAAUAAUUUUUUCAACUUCAAUUUAACAUGCAGCAGGAAGAAAACAACGGUUUUGGACCGUUUUACAAACAAAGAGGAUCAGGGGCGAUAUGGGUCGCGAUUGCAAUCCUUGUGGCCUUUGUUGUAGCGAUGUUCCUAGCAGAAAGGUCUCUCGAGCGCGAUGUUUUGUUAUUCUACGUCUUUGCCUUUAGCAUUUCUCUACUUGCUUUCAUGGUCGGAGAAAUGGCUCGAAGGCUUUGCUUGUUUGGGGAAGAAGCUCUCCAUUGUCGCUCACGCUACGAAGGAAGCAUGAAGAAGGCUUUGAAGGCGGCGUUUGACUUCCAGAACAGUGAACUCAUUGCUCUAAUCGCAAUUAUACUCGGCUUAGGAACCUAUGCUUCCUUCUACGAUAUGUGGUAUUCAUACAAGACCGAGUUUACGCGAUUAUUCUUCUUGAACGCCAUUUUUAUUCCCUUAUUUGUGUUCUUGUUCGGUUUACGUAAGCUUUCACGCUUGGAAUAUUCUCAAAUCAACGAAAAAGAAAACAAAAAUCUGGCCGAUGGUUUAGCUUGGGGUUAUUACUUUGGAUAYCUGAAGUUUGUUUUGCCUGCAUUGGAGAACCAAAUACGUUUKUCGGCUGCAAAGUACGUUAACAAAAUCCAUGUCCAUAAAGUGUUUAUUAUCAUUCCUAAAAACUGUCUUGUUUUUGACCUCAUUUCAAGCAAGCAGUCAGACCCGAAGGGUCUUGUCAACGUUUAUGGAAAUCUUGUGCCCCUCGAGAAAAACCGUGGAGGCAUCGAAAACCGCACGUACAAACAUACAGUAUAUAGCAUUAAAGACGAAGACACUGGCAAGACUUACUAUUGUAUCAUGGAAUACGCCACACCCUUGAUGAGUCUAUUUGACAUGUCAAACGAUCCCAAUGCUGGACUGUCCAGGGAGGAGAGAGACAACCAAGUGAAUCUCUUCGUUGCAAAGCUGAGGGAAAUCCUCGACAAUGAUCCAGACUGUAAAGACAAGUACAARCUUGUUACGUUUGGUGGAGGAGACCAAGACAUCGGCAAGAUUAUGAUAAGAGCCAUGAAAGACUGCAGUCUGGAGUUUGGCUACAAUGCGGGCUCUUUUAGAACAUGCGAAACUUGAAUGUCAAAAUAUCGAUUGAGUUAUAACAUGGAUAAUAAAAGCACAAAUUUGUAAACGUUAAUUUACAUAUGCUGUCUCAGAUAAAUUUUCGUUUUGAUUUAAUUUCGGCGCGAAAAAGGGAUUUUUUUGAAUCGUUUUGGGCUCACUGUUAAGAGAAUCUCGAGCGGAGUCUCCUCCCUUGUCACUAUAUAUAUACAGGGAAGGGAAUUUUUUUAAAACCCAUUUAUAAUGCAUUGUGACACUGAAUAAAAUAAAAGUAGACUAUUUUUUAAGUAAAAUUUUAUUUUUAACUAUUA